AUGGAAGGAAUCUCCCAAAUGCUGGAAAUUCCCGAAGGACCAACAAAUUGGAAAGAUGAAGCCGAAAUGCGAGCUCGUAUUGCAAAUUAUACAGCCGAGAAGUUUUCCCACAACUAUCACAAUUGGGGUGACUUCGAUCCACGGAUAAAAGAGACCAAUAGGAUAGCACCUAGACGAAAACGUGAUGGCGGUUUGGUAUCAGGCCCUAUUGCAACUGCCGUUGUUACUGGAAUGAUUGGUGAGUGCAAAUUAUAA